AAUCUGUGCUGUGCCUAUUUAAAAUAUAAAUACUGCCGAUGGAAAUGGAGUUUCAUUAAUUUGUUUACAUCUCGUAAAUUCCAAAAAAUUACUAAUAAAAUGGCUUCUAAAUUAUUAGCACUCAGAAGUCUAAUAAGUAAACCCCUAAACUUGAUUGUAAACCAAACACCGCAAAAGCUGGAUUUUGUGUAUAACCUCAAAAGUUUUAGCACUACCUCUGUAUCGAAUAUAAAUUUCUUCAAUAAAUUGCCUGCAGAAAAAUUAUGGAAAUCAGUCACUUCUGUGAGUAAUGCAGGAGCUAAAAAAGGUCGUGGUAAAGGCGCAGGGCGGAUUCGAAUUCGAGAUUUAAACCGUGGGCAGAUAAUCGGCGUGGGGAAGGUUAACAUGCUUUGGCCAGGUUUGUCGGCGCCAGUAAUCAGAGGCAGAGAAUUACUUAAACAGCAACGUUUACCUGAUGACCCAGAGAGAAUGGAAAAGCUGAUUAAGCUCAGAGACUCAAUGACAAAAUUCCGCCGAUUAAAACUAAGUCCAAUAGAGAGAGGUUGGUCUGGUUCACGCAUGCCUGGCCGCAGCAUUGGACCACCAGAUCCUGUUGUAGAUGAGGAGUUCACUGGUUUUGACACAAAAGUAUUACAACUCAGAUCUUUGUUGAUCAUGAAGGGCACUCUUGGACGUACUAGAAAUUACCAAGCUAUGGUUGUCACUGGCAAUGGUCAAGGUCUGGCAGGAUUUGGUAUUGGCAAAGCAAAAGAAGCACCAGCUGCAUUGAGGAAAGCAAAGAACAGGGCUGGCAAGAAAUUGAUGAAUUUUGAAAUAUACGAUGGCCACACAAUAUUCCACGACUUCUUCACUGCCUUUGGAAAAACCAAAUUAUAUGUACAAAAGAAGAACAAAGGUUAUGGUCUGAGUUGUCACAGAGCAAUCAAAGAGAUAUGCCAGGCCAUAGGCAUCAAGGACCUCAGGGCCAAACUGGAGGGAUCAAACAAUUUGCAGCACAUUGUUAAAGCUUUCUUCAUAGGAUUGUUGCAACAGAGGACGCAUCAACAACUUGCAGAAGAAAAGAAACUGCAUUUGGUUGAAUAUAAAGCAGAGAACCAGAACUACCCCACCGUAGUGGCUAGCCCUGAGUACGUCAGAACCAAAGAAGAAAUACCUAAAGACGAGACUCUGGAUUUCAUUCAAUACGUAAUGAACGAUAGGGUUAUUCUCAGACGAAAGAAAUUCCCCCGUUUCUUCCAAACGAUGCCGCAUUAUGAAAUAUAUUUGAAAAAAUACGAGAAAUACAGAAACCAUGAGAAAAUUCGGUUGAACCUGAAAGCUGAGUAUGGGGAAAUCAAGAGCUUUUUGAAUGACAAGUAUCCAGAGCCAAAGGAAGGGAAAGAAGAAUAGAUAAUAGUGUUAAUAUAGAUUAGCUAAAUAGUUAUAAUAUUUAAAUAAAGAAUUCAAAUAAAAAAAUAA